ACGCGACGACCAUGGCAAACCCAAGCGCGUCGGCACCUCCGCCCAGCGUACCAUCCGUCCUUCUUCCCGAGAUCCUCGCGUUCUCCCCACAGCUACUUCUUGACGACGUCAUCAACUACGCAAACGAUGCAAUCACCACCAACGUUGAUGGAAUGGAGGAGUUCCUCACACGCUGGGCUCAGAAUCGGACCAAGAAGCCAGGCGAGGAGUGGGACAGUACCCAGGAGGUUGAGAAGGGGCUUGUCGCGUACCAAACGCUGCUCGAGUCUCAUACAGAUAUUGCCUUUGACUUCUUCGAGACCUGGUCUCUACGCAACAUCUUUGCCGUACCCCCUGAUCUCCCCAUCGUUGUGCCCCACCAAGAAGGGCUGGACCUUAGCUGCCCGCCGGAGAGAGAGGUCGAGUUGAUGACAGAGAUAGAGGAGUUGCGGAAGAAGAUUGAUGCACAACGCAAGCUCAAGCGCCUUCUCAAGCGCGCAGCAAGGAAGGCGAAAGCUCAGCGGAGACGUUCUGAGCACGUUCUUUCCGAGCUUGCCUUCCUCCAGUCUCCUCACAUGCAAGAACUCGCCGACCUUCCCGCACAGUUCGAAUCCAUGUACAACUCCGUGUCUACCUUGCCCCCUCUUACCGACGAGUACAUCGCCACGUUCACAUCGACACCUGUAGCGGAUCCAGGGAAGCGGGACUGGGAGACAAGCAAGGCCGGGUACCAGGAGUGGGCUGUCAAGCAACUGCUAGCCAAAGCCCGGCAGCAGGACAUCGCAGCGGGCAAGCGCAGCAUGGCUGUCGAUGCUGUCGUGGAGGACACUGCUGCCAUAGCGAAUGCAGGACACCUCAGAGCCGCGUUGGAUGCGUUAACAGCUUCUUCCAGGAGACCACGGCAAGAUGAUGCUAUGGACAUCUAGGUGUUGUCCUGUGUUCAGUCGGUAUAUGCGCAUUAUGAACUGCAGUGUAUGAUAAGUGGGGACUCUUGCAUGGCCAAAAAAUCAAUAUGUAAGCGAUGCUCAAGACUUACGCGC